GAAGAUCAGAGUGGCCACUCACACUCCGUGAAAGUGGACAAAGAAAAGAACUUAAAGGCGGUCAUAGAAGAAAUUACCUUGUGUUGUAACCUGCAGGAAAACGAAGAGGCUACGUUUACUUUCAAUGGAAAGCACCUCUGCCCUUCUAAAGACAAAGGAACCUUAUCAAGCCUUGGUAUUUGCUCUGGAUCGAAGCUUGAGUUGACAGUGAGGAUUCUUUACAUCGAAGUCAAAGUUUUCUUCUCCGAUAACUCUUCAUCAGCCAGUGUGAAGUGUGAUCCCCAAGAAACAUUCCGGGAUUUGGUUACAAAGGUCUUAAAACGGCGCAACAGAAGAAAGUGCAGGGUUACAUUUGUAAUAGAUGGACGAGAGUUUGAUCCGAAUCAAGACAAGGGUCCGUUACAAGAUUACGGAGUUGCGCAUGGCUGUACGCUUCGGGUGACGAGUCAUCCCACUUCGGUCGGUGCUAGGCAUAGGAUCAUACUCGACGGGCCUCAGGUGUUAGGAGCUCCAGGAAAAGGACAAUUCUUGGCUCACUGUGGAAAUGUAUCUAUGGUAGCAGGGUCACACUCUGGAGAUGAAUACAAUCGUAAAUAUGUCCUAGAAUAUUUGUAUAUCUGCCGUCAAUGCCCUUUUCCUAUUACAUGUAAAGUUCACGGUUGUGCCAAUGUCGUUGAACCGGAUCCAGCAUGGAGAUCAGGUGGAACAACAUUACAAGGCCACAGUACACAACAGUUUACCAAGGCUGAACCAAUAAGAGUGGAUCAUUCACGGAGGGUGGAACUGGUAAUCAGGCUUGUAGCCAGAGAUGGAGAAAAAGAUCUAGAAUUUCCCAAAGGUGAAUGUAAACCGCUGUCAACUCUG